ACGAGUUGUGGCUAGAAAACAUAACGGUAACGUUAAGCUAACCCUGGCUAACAGGAUGGAACGUUAGAAGCUAGUGGUCAGGACUUGUUCCAGCUCCAGUAUACUACAGACUGUUAUUCACGUCAUUGGCGUUAACUACACCAGCAUCAUAUACUAGCUAGCUUGCUAAAUUAUGCUAGUUAAUUAGCCAUUGACCGAAGUCCCCAUCCUCUGUAAUAUAAAACCGUAUCCCGGGCGCCGCUAAGUUGAGCUAGUGCUGGGUAAAAUUGACUAUAGUAAUGAUAGCUAACGAUGCAUUGUUGUUUGCGCUUUUUAUUGGAAGUUCACCAGUUCACUUGUUGCAUCCUCAGCUGACUGUUAGGUAGCUGCUCCAAAGCAUUAGCUCCAUUAAUCGCAGCUCGUGCUGUUUUUGUUUUUACGUUCUCAUCGGUUUAAAGGUUGUUAGUUCUGUCAACCAUCUGCAUAAACAUCUGUUCAACGUGCAAGGUUUAGAACGGAUUAACAUAUCAGAUAUAAAUACAGUCAGAAUUUGCUUGGUAAGGCGUCUGUAAUGAAAUUUUUUGUGUAUCUACACAAACUUAAAUUAUAUAUUGGUUGGACUCAGUGUAGGAAAUAAAAAAAUAUAAAUUUGCAGGGCACUACUUUAAAAAAUAGUUAUUAGUGUUUAGGGGUGUUCUGAGAUUUAUUGAGGCAUUUUUGCCCUUUGCCUCCUGGUUGGACUUCACAUAGUAGCUAUUGCCACAGUUUUCUUUGGACCUCACUGCAUAGAGAGAGUUUCCAGAGGCAAAUUAUUUCUCUCUAAAUAACAAAAAAAUAACAAAAUGAGAAGUUUUCAUUGGUGUAUUAAUUGUGCAUGCUUUCCUAAUGCUCUUUUUAAACCUCUUUUUUUCCCUAAUCCUCCAUCUAACAGAGAGGACCAAUAGUGAAAUCAUCACCUGCUUUCACCAUGCUGGAAACAUUUCAUUUCCUGUUUCUACAUUCAUCUAAAACAUUUGAAAAUACCUGACCAUUUCUCCAAUUCUCUGACACCCUCCACUGUCUCAUCUUUCCAGUGACCUGGUGUGAUAAUUGUAUGCUGAAUGUGCGACAACCCCCACACACACACACCAUCACCCACCUGCACUUCCUCUUAGUUCUGGUGCAUGGCUCCUUUUUAGAAAUUAAUAUGUCUCGCUGUUCCUUGCAUGUUGUGCUGUGAAAGUGGCAUAAUGAGGGAAGACAGGGAUAACCCUCUGGCACUGUCAUCCAAGAAACCAUGCCAGGGCCAGAAGGACUAUGGACAGGAGCUAGAGAGGCUGCGUGCUGAUUGGGAAGCAGAGAAGAAGCAAACACUGCAGGCCCUUGGACACCUCUCUGUGGAGUUGAGGCAACUGCGUGAAGAAGCGGAGAGGGAACAGCAGAGGGCUGUGAAGGAGCUGGCGGCCCGGCGAGGGUGCCAAAAGGACAGGCACUCUAACAGAUACCAGCGUCUGCUGGCUAAGGAGGGGAAUAUUAAAGACAGUGGACGAUACGCUAAAGUUGAGUCCAAAGAUAAAGAGGCUUUUUGUCUGUGCAGUAGAGAAACAUACACAAAGCUGGAGCAGUUGCUGCUGUCGCUGUAUGAGAAGAUAAAUGGUGAGCAGGCAGUCUAUAAAUUGCAUCACAGGCAGGAAUUUGAGCUAGAAAAGGCCAUCUUUCUCUGCCACCUGCUAGAGGCCCAUGGAAGACUGUUGCAGGGGAGGCAGAGAGCAGGACACCCCAGCUUCAUUUUCAACAGUGUGCCAAGAAAGCCAAGUCAUGAAGACGGCAGUAACUCCUGUCAGAAAAAGCCUCUUCUAACCUACUCCAGGGCCUUGCCACAGAGAUCGCAGACUGCCUCCCACUCACCUAAGAAAACCAAACAAGAUCGAAGAGAGCAGCCUUUAGGGAGGGAUGUCUGUGCAGCUGAGCUCUGCACCUCCGCUGCAGUCGGGGACACCUGUUGGAGCGGCUCUCUGAAUAUUUGUCACCCUCGCAACGCUCCCCAUGCAGGCUGGGACCAGCCCUCCUACUGCGCUGAGUCCUUUGGGUCAGACAAGUCAUCGCCUUCCAAAUGCAUGGACAGAAACAUGGAGAAUGGUACUGACUAUGGGUUCCUGGUGCGUCAGAACUCUGAACUCUUGCGAGCCCUCGAUGAGCUGGAAAAGACUUGUGCCACACUGAGGGAGGAGAAUGGCCUACUGCGGAAGAGCAGCGCCCCAGAGACUGAGGAGAAGGUCAGGCGGUUGAGGAGAAAGAACACCGAGUUGUCUGUUCUUGCUAAGAGGCUGGAAGAGAGGGCUCGAAAACUGCAGGAGGCCAACCUCAGAGUGGUGAAUUCCCCGUCACUGAUGAGACCCGGGUCAGUGGAACAGUACAAGAGGGCGUUUGCCCGUCAGCGAGCUCGUGAUCUUGCCCAGCACGCCGAUGCACUGCUGUCUAAGGACAAAGAGAUUGCUGCCCUACAGCAAGAGUGCAGAGAGCUGGAGGCACGCCUGGGCACCACCAAGGGCUCCCCUGUUCCAUCUGGCAGAGUGGAAUUUGAGAGGCUUCUCAGGGAGUCUCAGAGGGAGGUGCUGCGGCUCCAAAGGCAGCUAUCGGUCACAUCAUCCAGACAGCAGCACAACCAUAGUCCCGACCCCGGUGGCCUGGAGAAGUGUGGCGAAAUUGAGGAAGAGGAGAAGAAGGAGGAGGAGGGGGAAGAGAAGGUUGUAGGAGAGACCCCGUGUGUGGUAUUAGAUGAAGCUCCAUCCAGGUGUGAGAAGACUCCCGGAGAGGAGGAGGAGUCGGGGCUGCAAGUAACGCCCCAACCGGGCCUUAGCCCGACCCCCUCCCAUAAGGAGGAACAUACAGAGGAGCAGCACCUACAGUUUCUGGAAAGUGAGCUGAGCAAGAAGAGAAAAGAAUGUGAAAACCUUGAGCAUGAAGUAAAGAAGCGACAGAAGAGAUGUCUGGAUUUGGAGAGCCAGCUUGAGGAUGAGCGAGGCAAAAAUGAGCAACUAAAGGAGGAGGCAGAUCUCCUCAGGAGGAAGGCACAGCUGCUCGACCAGACUCGGGCUGAGAAUGAGGAGCUGAGGGAAGACCUCUCUGAAGUGACUGCUCAACACAAUUCAGUUCUCGAGGAGAACCAGAGACUCCGUGCCAAACUGGAGAACCUAGAGCAGGUCCUAAAGCAUAUGCGAGAGGUCGCCGAGCGAAGGCAGCAGCUGGAAUUGGAACAUGAGCAGGCACUGGCUAUCCUUAAGUUCAAACAGGAUGAAAUCAAACGGUUACAGAGGGCUCAGUUAUACGCCAAGAGGGAGCAUGAAGGAGUGGUUCAGAUGCUGGAGAGUACACUGGACUGCAUGCAGUCAAAAGUACGAGACCUGGAGGACAAAUGUCGCAGCCAGAGUGAACAGUUUGGCUUGCUGUCCCAAGAGUUGGAGAAGUUUCGACUGCAGGCGUCGAAGGCGGACCUGGCCGACGCUAGCCUCUUUAACAAUCCCAGCCUCUCUGUUCUGACCAAUGGGGUAGGCCUGACUACAGAGCGAGACUGCACUGGUGGCUCAUGGGAUAUGGUGUCUCUGGGUGAAAUAGCCUUCUGGAGUCUCGAGGGAGGUGACACUCUCUCCUGCCCUGAGGAUGUGGCGGCUGCACUGCGGCUUGGGGCAACCCCCCACGCUGCAGGGCUCUCCAGGGUGGAGCGCUCGCCCGUCACCAAGCAUCGAGAACUGCCCACCAUCAGUGUCAGCAAGUCAGGCUCUUCUUCCAGCAAGUCAGAGACCACGCACCUCACCCCCAAGUCUGACACCCACCUCAGUCCACACAAAUCCAGCCCAACACAUGAGGUGGACACUGCCAGUGAAGUGGAGGAGCUGGACAUUGACGUAGCCCCGGCACCUUACACAGCCAGCAGAGGAGCAGCAAAGCUUCAGGUUUUCAUUGCGAGAUACAGCUAUAAUCCAUAUGAUGGCCCCAAUGACAACCCUGAAGUGGAGCUUCCACUUACUGCUGGAGAAUACAUUUAUGUGUAUGGAGACAUGGAUGAUGAUGGCUUCUAUGAAGGUGAGCUGAUGGACGGACGGAGAGGGCUGGUCCCCUCUAACUUUGUGGAACGUGUAUCAGACGACGAUGUUCUGAGCACUCAGCAUCCAGAGACGGGGGACAUGUCCCAUAACUCCCUGCUAGACAGCAGCCUGCACAGUGCCAGCCACCAGCAUCACCUCCACAUGGGCGUCAGCGCCUCAGAAAGGACAGAGGCCUCUGCUGCCUCUGGCCCUGCCUCAGCCCCCUCAGAUUCAGCAUCGGCCUUGGCUGUCCCAGCCCCCCUCACCAACGGCCUAGACUUGGAUUUGGAGGAGGUGGGAGUGGACAUUGUGCCUUACCCACGUAAGCUUACCCUCAUCAAGCAGCUUGCCAAGAGCAUCAUCAUCGGCUGGGACCCUCCGCUGGUGCCGGCUGGCUGGGGCAAUGUGUGGAGCUAUAAUGUGUAUGUGGACCAGGAGCUGCGGCUCAAUGUGCCCUUCGGUGCCCAGACCAAAGCGGUUCUGGAGCGGUUGGACAUAAACCUCAAGGCCUACCGUGUGUCAGUGCAAAGCCUGACCGAGAAGGGCCCCUCAGACCAGCUGCGCUGCAGCAUGUUGGUCGGUCGGGACGUUUGUGUGGCGCCCACGCAGCUGCGUGUGGAGAGGAUCACCGCCACCUCUGCCAACCUGACCUGGCUGCCCAGCAACAGUAACUAUGUGCACAUUGUGUCCUUGAAUGAGGAGGAGUGUGAGCUGGUGAAGGCUGGCUGCUGCUCGCUGUGCCUCAAUAACCUCUUGCCCAGCCUGCAGUACACAGUCAAAGUGGAGGCACGGCCGCACCGCACGCCAUGGGAGUUACCUGUGGAGCGACGCGAGCACAGAAGCGCUACGAUCACCUUCACCACACUGAUGGCAGGCCCCCCUGAUGCUCCUCUGGAUGUACAGCUGGAGCGUGGCCCCUCCCCGGGCAUUGCCCUCAUCAGCUGGCUGCCAGUCACUAUAGAUGCUGCCGGGACCUCUAAUGGAGUCCGUGUCACUGGAUACACUAUAUAUGCUGACAAGAAAAAGGUGCUGGAGGUGUCUUCCCCAACAGCCGGCAGUGCCCUGCUUGGCCCCUCUCAGAUGCAGUCCCUGCUGGCAGUUCAGGAGCUCACUGUCCGCACCACGUCUGCCCACGGGGAUUCCUGCCACUCUUUGCCAGUCAAUGUGCCCUCCAAGCUGGCUGCCAUUAUGGCAGGUCCAGUUAUCACUGCCCAAGUUGUGCCACCUGGACCCUGCACUCCUACAGGUUGCGGUAACCUGCCCUCACAGCCGUCCUACGGGAAUUCUGCUGCCAAAGUCUCCAUGCUGCCCAGCACUUUGCCAUCAGACACAAACAUCACUGGCCUCACAGUGGAGGCUGAUGCCAACCCUCCUCAUGCACUCCACUCAGAAAAUCUUUUAUCUGCAUCAUAUGCAAAGGCCUGGGCCAACCCCUCUUCUGCUGCUGCCUUGGCCGAGUGUGAGGCCAUAUUACCAGUAGCCUCCACCAUUACUCCAGUGGUUAAUGUGACCUCCCCCACCACAUCGCCACCCCAACCAUCUCCAGUAGCAGCAACUGCACAAGCAAACGUAACGGCAGCAGCAGUGUUGGAGCAGCGCAGAGACACCAACAGCCCUGACACCAUCCGUCCUUUCCCAUCUAUGAGAGAGUUCAUCGAGGACCCCAGUGCCAAGGCCGGGAUCCCUGAGCGCAUCCCGACCCCACUCAAAGCCCCCAUCUCAGACUUCCUUAACCCUCAGAACCUCCUCCGACCCCCCAGCACCUCCCCGCUGGAAUCCGAGGCGGAGGAGGAGCAGGAGAAUACCCGCCUGGUGUCCAUCGAAGAAUUCUUGAGACAGGACCAAGAGCCAGCGUACUGGACGAAGCAGCAGAGUUAUAGCAGAGGGCUUGUGGAGCCUCCCAGUGACUAUCACGCAGACAACAGCCGUUCAGAUCUGUCUGACAUCCUGGAGGAGGAGGAGGAGGAACUUUACUCUGACCAUCUCGGCGAAGCACAGGCCAGGGGCUACACAGUCAGAGCUAACAGGUCGCGGAAGUUAGAGCCCCCAGACAGUGACGAGGAGGUAUUUCAGAGGAUCCCUAAGUAUCCUCCUCAGGUCCAACACCACAAGCAGCUGUUCUGCAUUCCUGAGAUGACAGAAGAGGAAGAUAGCCGUCAAGAUGAGCCUUUAACCCACCACAGUCAGCCUCGGCCCAGGCCCAGCCACCAUCGCCCCAGAGCCUCAGAACGCCUCCACCAUGCCCCCCAGCAUCACCCCAACCCACACCCACCUGUUCCCCCUCACCAUCACCACUUCAACAGGGAUCCCGGAUGUCUACCCAAAGAGCCUUUCCCCCGACACGGACCCUUGCAGGUCAGGCCUAAGACACAGCACAGGGUGCACUACGCAGACACGGUUGACACCAUGAGUUAUCCUGAAGAAGAGGACAUGUGUUUAUAUGAGGGUCCCUCCAGCAGGCGGGUCUCAGCCUGCUGUCCUCCCCAGCUGAGCCCCUACAGCAAAGAUAGAUCACUGCUCAGAGGGCUAGGGGACCGCCUUAGGAGGGAGGCCAUGCUCAGGAGUCAGAUGGCUGCUGCCACAGCAGCCAACCCCGGCCACGGUCUUAUCCCACCAAGACCCUACCCAGUCAGCCAAACAGGACCGACUCUGAGGUCACCUAUUGGUCGCGAGGUAGAGAUUGACGUGGAGUACGGCACAGAUAACGAAGAGCCUGUGGAGUACAGUCCGGCGGAGGCGGCGGCGGAGCAGAUGAGCUCUGAGUGGUGGGUGGAGGGGGCUCAAACGGAGCACAGCAGACCUCCUCUCCGCCGAGGGCUGAAGGCUGAUCCGCCGGUAAACGUUGCUGCAGGCCAGGUGCAAUGGGAGCCCAGCCAAAUCCCUCCCGCUGAGGCAGGUCAACCGUGGGGAGCCCAGGGUGAGCUCUCUUCUAAACCAGUAUGCUCGCAGGCCAGGCAACCUAAAGGUACUGUUGAUUCACCAAAAACCAAAGGAAACAGUGACAUACGUAUCUUUGUGGCCCUCUUCCCUUAUGAUCCUGCCACUAUGUCGCCCAAUCCUGACGCGGCUGAGGAAGAGCUGCCCUUCACUGAAGGACAGAUCAUCAAAGUGUAUGGAGAUAAAGACGCAGACGGGUUCUACCGAGGCGAGUCUGCCGGGCGCCUGGGCUAUGUUCCAUGUAACAUGGUGUCGGAGAUCCAGGUGGAGGAUGAGGAGACCCGGCAGCAGCUGCUGCAGCAGGGCUUCUUGUCCACAGCGGCCUCCAUGGAGAAGAUAGGCACUCGCACACACGCACAGCUUCCACGUCGUCCUGUUCCACCGCCGAAACCGAGACGAUCCAAGAAAGUGGAGUCUGCGACACUCUGGGAGGAGAGCGUAGACUCCUCCAGCCAAGAUCCCAGCCAGACUGCCCCUGCUGCUGCUGCUGCUGCUGCAGCUGUGGGAAACCCAGCCCCAGGAGCCCGCAGGAUGGUCGCCAUCUUUGAUUAUGAUCCACGAGAGAGCUCCCCCAACACUGACAUAGAGGCUGAGCUGACCUUCAGUGCAGGAGACAUCAUACAUGUGUUUGGUGACAUGGACGAAGAUGGCUUCUUUUACGGAGACUUGAAUGGACACAGCGGCUUGGUGCCCUCCAACUUCCUGCAGGCCGUACCAGAGGAUGCUCAGUCGGCACCAGAAGCCAAGAAAGAAUCCCAGGGUACUUGGACGUCUUCUACAGAGCAACAACAACAACAACAACCUGGGCCCUCAACCCUAGAAGAGGGUUUGCAGCCCCAAACAGAGCCUCCUGUCCCUGACCCAACGGAGCACACAGACCUGCGACCCAAACUGGAACCCACUGCAAGCCUCACGUCAGACCUGGAACCUGCUCCAGAUGCAGGUCCAGCAGCAGUGGAGGCCUGCUGCUCCCCUCCAGCCCCCCUUCCAGCAGACAUCCCGACACAGACAGACUGCUCUGCACAAGGCAAGAAGAAGAAAGGCUUUUUCUCCAAAGGCAAGAGGCUGUUCAAAAAGCUGGGAUCCAGCAAGAAAGAAUGAGUCAGGACAUCUGACUCGGAAUACUUUGCAUCACAUUGAGGCACUUUUUUCUAUCUUCACUGUUAGUCUCAGUCGGUGCGGUUCGUGGCUAUCAGAUCUAAUAACCGAUGCUUUAACCGUCACUAAUUAUACAUUUGCCUUAGAGCACUGCUAGCAGCUGUUAAAUUUAGAGUACAUCAACACACCGCUUGCAGCAUUGUACGAGCAUGUAGAAGUGCAUGUUGAAGUGUGCAAGCAAACAAAUAUAUUCUCGAAAUACUACCUAACUAUCUAAGCAUUUGCAAAUGUUCAACUCAAAUAGAGGCGUUAACGCUUGAUAUACAAACACUUAGUUGUCUCCCAAUGGAUCGGUUUUAACAAUCUGAUACAGAACGGUAUUGAACAGCAGACCAGACUUCAGCCCAGCUCAGACAGAGCUAAUUAAAUAUUAGCUUUAAUGUUCAUGUACUGGUGCCACUUUAUUUAUUUGAAGUGAACGAACUGAAGCAGCAGUCUAUCUCUUCCUCUGUGUCACUAUAAAGAAUGCACUAUCCAUCCUGAACGGAUGUAUUUUAAAUAUCUGUCCGCUUGUCCCUCCCGUGUUUCUUGUCUUUAAGAAAAUGUAUACAGUACUUUGUACAGAACAUGUUAUUUAUUUGUAUUACUCUUGCCCUAACCAUCAGCACAUUGCAUGAAGUGACAUCUGGGCAGGAGGUUAGUCAUCUAGAGCUGUCGGAGACGGCAGUGAUCCACUUUGAUACGUGUAGUUUAGAUCAAAGUAGUUAUGGGGUUUGAGUUUAACAGUCAAGACUAUUUAUUGAAGGUAAAGAAUAUGAAGGGUUGCCCUUCUUUGGUGUGUGUGCGUGCGUGUGUGUGGAUGAAGCUGCCCAGUCCACUGGUGAGACUGAAAACAGAUGCCUUUCUCAGACAUUAACACAGGAACUCUGGAUGUUUGUGACAACAGUCACAACUGGCCUAAAGGUUGCAUACUACAUAUUUUCUGUCUUUGUGAGUAUGAGAGAGAGUGUGCAAUAAUUAUGUAGUAUCUGGUGAUAAACAGGCUGCUCUUUUAGCUAAUGUGGCUGCAACUAAUAUUAUUAAAUCAUUAUCCGUGAAUUGUUUGGCCGGUACAACAUCAAAAAAACAGAUAAACGCCCAUUAUAGUUUCCUAAAGCCUAAGGUAAUGUCAUAAAAUAUCUUGUUUCUUCCCACCAAUUGUUCAAAACUCAAACAUAUUAAAUUAAAUAUAAUGUAUAUAAGACGGGGGGAAGCUUAUUCUCACAUUUGAGAACCUAAAAUCCAUCAACCAUUUUGUGUUUUUGGUUAAAUGAUUAAUCGGUUAUUGAAAUAGUUGCUAAUCAAUUAUCUCUUGAUUGACUAAUACAGAUAUUAUUAAAGUCUGGCAGUCCCUCCCCCAGUCAAAUGCAAGACUAAUGCGCCUGAUGGGACUUUCUGAGCCUUAAUCCUGUCAAAGAAAUAUUGAAAAAAAUCUACUGGGCAACUUGAAGUAAGUAAAAUAAAUAGAAAUUUAGAAAAAUAGUAUAGAAAGAAAUAGGGGCUUUAGGGGACGUAAACAUGAAGUAUAAUGUUGCUAUGGAGUCAGUGAGUUAGCUGUGGGCUACAACAUGAGCCCUCAUUUUUAGCCUGUAUUUGUUUCCAAUUUGGCAAAUUCGCACCAUUAAAAGUAUGCCGAUUUAUCUAUUAGCACUUCCUGUUUGCAGUCUACCCAUGAAUGCACAGACAACUGUCACAGGACUACUUUGAUAAUGAAGUAAACUUAGAAACGUGAUGAUCCUCAGGCAAAUUCUGGAGUUCAUUUUUCUAUGAUUUCCAAAUGAACAGUUUGAAACACUCUGGACUAAUUCAUUAAUCGGCCAGCAGCUAGGAGCUCUAGCUAAUUAAUACACCAAAAUCACAAAACUGAAAAUAUUCUAGUGUCCUCAUUGCUGGAUACAUUGAUAGCCUACAGUAUAUAACCCUUUUGGAACAACACUUGCUAGAAUUUUGUUAAAGUGAAGAGUUUUCCUUCAUGGCACUGGUGGUGGUUUGUGGCACUGCUGUACUGUGAUAGACUUUGCAAUACGUUUUUCAUGUAUCUUUUCAUUUGCCUCCAUGUUUGAGUAUAAUGAAUUUCAACUUGUGGUGUGUGAAUAUUGGGUCAGACAGGCUAAACAGUGUCUAUCAGCCCAUGCAGUGUAGCGGUGAUUAGUUUUUUGUAUCCACACACUUGCAUCAUACAACUGUAGACUGUUUGGUUGAAACUAAAUAAUACCACUUUAGCAAUAUAACGUAUUGUGUGUUGCAAUACUAGAACAAAAAUAGAACCAUUCUGUAUCUUCUAAUGGUUUAUGAUAGAUUUACAUAGACUAAGAAGUUGUACAAGUAUUCAGUUUUGGUGUGAGUUUGUGGAUCAGGCCUUAGUAUUGAGCUUAUUAGUCACUUACAACACAUUCAGUGAUCGGUCAAUCCGUCUGAUUGGAUCCUUGAUCUGCGCGACACAGGGCUAUUAGGUAACUUCUCAGGUUUAUCUUGUAGUUUCUUACUAAUGCUGAGCCACCUGUUGGCUCUGGCUGUCAAAAACUGCAGAACAUGCCAAAAUCUUAGGUGCUUUGUCUGUUACCAUAGAUCCGAGAGACCAAGCAUCGGGCAGCAUGGGGGAUAUUCAGCGGGCUAGUCUGGAUUGAAGCGUGGAGGUUUGUUUUGAACGUCACACCUGAUUUCACUCACGGUGUUGAUGGAGUCACACCUGAUGACACAAGUUGGAGGCAAUUUAUUUUUUUCUUUAAUGUCAUGAAUGUUUUAAAUUGUUUGUCAGUGUUACAUAAAGGGAGCAUGACGAUGCCAAGAAUAAAAGGGAGGGCGGAUCGACAAAGACACUUUAGAUGUUUAAUAGCCGGGAUAGAGGCAAGACCGAGGCUGUACUGUAUGUUUUAUUUAUUUUUUGUUUUUUUAAAAGGGGGUUGGAUGCUCAAAAGUUGCGAAAUGUACAGCGAAUAUUUGUACUGAUCUUGUUUUUGACGGCCUUUAAUGCACAAGUAUUCCUCUACCUGCUGUGUAGUGAGUAGACGGCUCCGCUGUUGACUGAAUAGGACCUAGGCCCAAAUAGGUAGGAUUUUAGCUCAGUUGAUCAUAUUUAGCCUUACAGGAAGACCUUGUUUAGUCUUAAUAUGUUGUUUACAGGAUGUUUAAUGACUGCAUGCAUACCAAUGUUAUACCCAUGUUCGGCCUUAUUUAUGUUACUGUCAUAUUUAUGUUUUUAUAGGCGGACUUGUCUACAAUAUUUGAGUUGUAGAUUGUCAAUGCAGUGGAAAAAAAGCUAUAGGAGCUGUCUGUAUAUAAUGAACAUUGUUGGGACUUGUGGUAUAUUUUCAUACAGCGCAGGAAACUAUUUUCUUUUUCUUUUCUUUUUUUGUCUUCCCUGACCUGCAUUCAUUGUUUGAAAAAUUGAAGAUUUCCUUCUUUUUUUUAAAUAUAUAUAUAUAUAUCUAUAUAGAUAUAUAUAUUAAUGUUUUUAUUACCCUUUUGGAAGCUUGUCUGUAAAUAUGUUUUGUUAAUAAUGUUUUUCAGAUUAUUUUGGGUUUUUUGUUUGCAUGUCCAGGCAUUGUUGAUGGAGCGACCGUAAGUGAAGAUGUAGUACACAGAGGACUCGUUGACUUUAAAUUGUGAUGGUUUGUUUCAAUAUGGAUCUUUUUACAGGAAUAAAGAAUGUAUAUUUUCACAGAAAA